CGAGGACCUGAACAUCUGGAGGACGAAAUCGACCGAGGAAUUCAAUAUCGAGAAUGUUGUUCUUCACUACGUCCACUCUGGUCUCCGAGACCUGCGCGUAGACGCGAGCGGCCCUCUCUCGGAUCACUUCCUCGAUGAAGUCAGCCGUCUGUGUCCUCUCCUGCAGCAGCUCGACAUGGACUUCCAGAACGUUGAAAUAUCGAAGGAUGUUCUUGCUUGCUUUCUGCAGCGCAUGUAUCAUCUGGAAGGAAUUCAUGUGGCUGCGCUGGACAGGAGUUGGUCAGCUGAAUCGUUCGCUGCCGUAGCCAAAUACGAGCGGCUGAAGCUUCUACACGUGCCAUCAAUACACGAUACAUGGCUCGAUAACAUCGGGUCUUGCUCAUUUCCGGCUCUGAAGCAAUUUUAUGUACUCAGUACGACUGGAAAGGCUCUGCUUUGGUUGCACUCGAAUUCUCGUCUUGAAGCAAUCCAUCUUUACAACAGCAGCCUCUCAGGCCCAGAUGACGUGCUCUUCUCAGCCUCCAACUUCUCGCGACUGACGAACUUCAAGUAUCAGCCAGGUCCCAAUUCAGCCGUUGCAGGGCAAGAUCUGGUGAAACUAGCCCGUGGUUGUCUUCAACUUACACACAUCGCUGUCGGUCAGGACCAAGCCAUAGCCCCUGAGCUUGUCGAUGUUAGUGAUAGCGUGAUCUACUCAAUGGCUCAAAGUCUGCCUUCCUUAAAAGAAUUCCACCUCCAUGGCAGAUCCGAGUCGUAUCCAAGCAUUAAGGCGAUCCUAUCAGCGUUCGGUCGACGUUGUCCACAUCUGAAGCGGUCAUGAUUGGAUCACAUUCGCCCGCCCGCAACAAUGGUUAUUUCCCCAUCUUUGCGCGUUUUGCCUUUGCCCUUCAGUACACAUGGAAGAGAUCUUGUCCGAAGUAUGCUAUAAACGUCUACUCGCGGAGUUCAAGACUUUUGCUCCUGGAUGGUUUCCUAAAUUGGAGUUCUUCAACAUCAUUGACGCGGACGAUCGCGAGCAGGAGGUCAAAAAUCACAUGUAUGAGAUUGAUUACAAGCGAAAGUACAGCAGUGAUACAAAGAGCAAUGAGGAUGAAGCGGAGCGGAUUGAGGAAGCCGACGAUACAGGAUUGGCCACUUAUUUGACAAAGGGUGUUGCAGCUGCGAAUUCUACCGGAGCCUGAGUUGCGAAGGAGCUUGGCACUCUCAUCGAUGCAAGCCUUCCAGCACACGGAGAGCUUUUUUACCGACGCACAGCCGUGCUUCUUAGAGAUGAACUACACUCU